AUGGUCACACUGAUGGUGACCGUAAGACAUCAUCCCUGCUGCCGUAUCGUCCCCAUCAAUUUCGUCGUGGUCAAAGCUGACUCUCCUUAUAAUUUAUUGAUGGGCCGACCUACGCUUAACGCUUUACAUGCAGUAUACUCCACGUAUCAUUUAAUCUUCAAAUUUCCAACUCCGGCAGGCGUGACCGAGGUGAGCAGUGACGUAGGUGUUGUGCGAGAAUGUUACCUCGCCACCUUGCAAGCCGCCUCCACCUCAACCUCCGGAACGAGGCCAGAGAGAAUGUCCAGUAUCCUCUCAAUCAAUUGUAUCGAUUCUCAACAGACCGGGAAGCCGAAAAGGUUAGAGACCGGAGAUGAGGUAGAGGAUAUCCCCUUGGAUCUCUCCAGGCCCGAUCAGACCAUCCACGUCGGCGUCCAUUUGCCUGACUCGCUUAAGAUACAGAUGGCACGCUCGGUCAAACAAAAGAGAAGGCACUUCGGCCCAGAGCGCAGCCAAGCAGUAGGCGAGGAGGUGGACAAACUCCUGCCUGAGAAGAUUAUCAGGGAAGUGCAGUACCCAACCUGGUUAUCCAACCCAAUCAUGGUCAAGAAGGACACGGGGGCCUGGAGAAUGUCCGUUGAUUUUACCGACUUGAAUAAGGCCUGUCCUAAGAACUGCUACCCAUUGCCUAGAGGCGACGCCCUGGUGGAUUCGGCCAUGGGUUACGAAAUCUUCUGUUUUCUCGAUGCCUUUAAGGGGUAUCACUAG